AUGGAGAGGGUCAAACCACCCAUGGGAAACCGGUGCACGGGAGGGGCUCAGAGAGGCCCCCAGGAGAAGCAACUUUCUGCUUCUGCUGCUGUGCAUUCCACAGACGGAGGCUUAAGUGAGCUAAGCGGUGGGCUGCUGAGCGCUGACACACAGUGGGCCAACCUCUUCCAGGCUGAAGAGGCCAGAUACAUAGUCCUGAUGCCAAAGCAUCAUGAAGGCUUCACAAACUGGCUGAGUCCUGUCCCCUGGAACACACACUCUGGGAACCUGAGGUCCUGGUGGGAUUUGGCUGGUGAGUUGAAAGCAGCUGUUAAGGAGAGGAAAUAGGCUAUGGACUCCAUCACUCCUCUUAGAACAUUUCCAUCCAUCUACCUACCUGGUAAGAAAAACUGCUUCCAAGUGCAGAAUUGUGUUGGUGUGACGAUGCCUGAUCAAGAUGAUCUUGUUAACAAACCUGAUAUGAUCUGGUCUGAUGCAAAGUUGGAAUGUCCUGAGACUUACUGGAACUCUACAAAUUUCCUUUCUUGGCUCUACAAUGAUAGUCUCAUCAGGGAUGAGGUGAUAGUAAGUGGCUGAUGGAGACAGAAAGGCUCCUGCCACCAUGAAGGAUACUAUGACUGUCAAGAUAAAUUCAACAUGGGGCAGCUGCCACACCAUGGCAGGAGGCAGGCUCCACUAUCAACAAGAAACCCUGACGCUAUCACUGCAACAUCGUACGAAGAUCUGAAGUUGUCCAGAUCUGGUGGCAACCUCCUCACCUCUCUACCCCAUGGCCACGUGUUACUGCUUGAUUUGCUUGGACUGUACACCUACAUGAUUAUUGACCUUCAAGAGUUUUUAAUCGAAGCAACUGAGCACAUUAUACUGAUGCCUCAGUGGACUGAGGAUCUGCACUUCAGCACUGGUGUACCACUCUCUGUCCAGAUGAAACUGGACAGUGAAGCUCCAAAGAAGUUCAUCCAACUUCGGAAAUUAUCUACAAUGGAAACGUCUCUCUAUUCACCAUCUUUGAUCAUCUACUUUCUUACUUAUCAUGAGGGUGCAAAGCGGUGA